UGUUCGGUUCGGGACAGGAGUAUUCUUUCGGAUAAUAAAAAACAAAUAGGAUCCCCAGCAAAUAUGUCUCUUAAAUACUUAUUUAUUGCAUCUGCCAUGAUGAUCGCUAUCUGUGGUGCUGAUGUGUCGGAAAUUAAGGCGGCUAAAGUGGAUCUGCCUUUCAAUGACUUACUGCCACCUUUGCUGGAUGAAUCGAGCACCACCACGACUACUACAACUGUGAGGCCCAUCACAACGUUGGCCACAAAGCCCACCAAGAAAUCCUAUUACCAGAAGCCAGCUCAACUGGCCAAGGAGGACAAAUCGAAGGCCAUCGCCAGCAAACCGGAAGUGCAGCAACUGCAUCUGGAUCUGCUGCCACCAUUCGAAGAUGAGGCCAAGCCAGCGGAGGAGAAGCCUCAGACGGAGGUGAAAACUACGCCAAAACCUGUGAUUCAGGUCACCCAGCCGGCAGUGGAUAGGGUUGCUCUUCCGGCUGUUCCCAAGGUCACUCCCCAGGCUGCUCCCCGCCCACACUACGCGGUUCAACCAGCGCCAGCUCCCCGCCCACAGUACUCCAUUCAUCCUGCCCCUCAAGCCGUGCAAACCAGCCAUGCCCCUGUUCCAGGAAGCGGGUUCCAGUCCCGAUUCUCCAACUACUUCCUCACCAGCACCGUUCGACCCAGACGCGGACCUUUGCCCACGAUCACUCCUUUCCCGCGCUUCGUCAGGCUGUAGGAAUCCAUUUAAUUAGAUUAGAUAAGCUACCAUUCAAAGGCCAAGUCAAGACAUCAAAUAAAUAAGAUACGACACACACUGAGAUAAUGAGUGGAAACUAUGCGGUAUUGUUUAAAAUCGAUGUUGAAGCAUGAAGCUCACAACAAAAUAUUUGAAGAUUUUAAAUGUUGACGGAUUUAUGAAUGCAUAAAAGUGAGCAUUUUGGACCACAGAAGAAUAGCCAUCUGUUGGUAUCUGCCAAGUCAGGUUAUUUAUUUUUAGUUGACACCUUUGUGUAGGAAUUAAUCUGGGCGGAGCUAACCAGAUUACAUAAAUUAGUAAUUAUUCAGAAUAUUUUUGUAUAAUUCCCAAUAAUCAAGCAGCUUAAGAAGAACAUAAAUACCCUGAAUUCCUAAGUACUUUAAAUAAAAAAGUGGAGUGUGAAAAAAUAUAUUUAAUAAAUUGUGAAUAAUGUAUUGAAAGAAA